AUGAAUAUCCUAAUACUGCUAGCAAGUAUCUUUAUCGUCAAACUCUGUAGUUGCAAGAGGAACGGUACUGCUUUCCCUUUUGAUUUGUCCAACCCGGAUGGCGUCCAUACCAAUCUCACUGAAAGAGCAUAUUCUGGAAUCACACACGAACAGUACACUGUAAAAGAGGGAUUUGCCAUAAGCUCAGUUUCAGACAAGGAUGCAAACCUUUGGAGGGCAUCAAAGAGCAGUAAUGAAAUAUGCAGAGCUGUUAAUCUAUACUCCAGGGGCAGUGAUAAGUUAUUCUUGGCCAUUUGGAUCAUUGAUGGAAGGCAUCUAAAUAUCAAACGCUUUGAAAGAGUGGAAGGCAAAUGGGAGAGCAUAACACUAAAAGAGUUUAACGAAAAGCUGAAUGGAGUGGUAGUUUUAGAAGUUCCAAAGGUUGAAGAAAUCAAACCCCAGCCUGUUGAAGAACAGCCUACUGAAGAACCUGAUAGUCCUGAAGUUGAACCCACAGCUGAAGUCAUUGAGGAAGAAUUACCGCCAAAACCUGCACCUCUGAGUGAACGUGCUAAAAAGGUUGAUGCAAAGUUGUUUGAUGUAAAUGAGACUGAACAGUAUGGAAUUGCAACUUUGCAAUGUGUCCUAAAGGAAGGUGCGAAAGGAAAUCAAUUGAUCUAUGAUUCUGAAACAAUAUGGGAUGGUGGAGAAAUGUCAGAGUGUCUAUUAGCUGAUAUAUACUAUGACAAUAAACCUGAAUUAGCAAGAUUGCAAAUUAGAGAGGGAAGAUUUGUUAGAGCACUAUUCCUCUGCAAUGUUGGUGGAAACUGGGUAGAUGACAGAGAAACCUUUACGACGAAAUUUAACCACUUGAAAAAUUAUCCAAAACCUGCAAUGUAUGCUCUUAACUUGGCUACAAAGAUUGAUGAUAAAUUAUUUGACGUAAAAGCCUCUGCUUCUGAAGUUGUUCCACUUUUGAUAUGCACAGCUAAGAAGGACAAGAAUCCUAAAAAACUUGUUUAUGAUAAGGAGACUAUUUGGAGCGGAGGGAAAAAGGCACAUUGCUCUUCGGCCCUAAUAUAUUUUUAUGGGAGAGAGCCAAGGGUAGUGACUCUUACCAUCAAAGACACUUCCGGAAAUGAAGAGGUAUCCUUCCUCUACAAGGAAGGUGAAAAAUGGUUUGAGGGUGUAGAGCAACAUAAGGCAAAGCUGACUGAGCUAAGAAAUGAUCUCAAUCUUCUAAAAUUCCGUUCUUAUGCUUUUGGUACUCCUGUUCCAGAUGAAUUUGGUGACAUUAAAGUUGCUAAUGCCUCUGACAAUCUGAGAGGUGUUUCUGAUAGGAUAAUUCCUGAAUCUGUAACUCUUGAUAUUGCAGAAAAACAAGAGUCCACGGGUAUAACUGUCUUUGAACAUCUUGAAAAACAUGGAAUAAAACACAAAAGAUUUAGUCCAAGAUCGAAUGUAGAUAUUAUUUCUGUACUUGCAAAUGGUGCUGUCGUAUGGAUUGCCAGAGGAACUGAAAAGUGUAGAACUGUGCGUGUUAUCUUUAAUAAAGACAAGGUUCUUGUUACACUAAAUAUUCAUGAGAAUAAUAAGCUUGUUGGGUAUCGGUCUUUUGAAAAGGUUGGUAAUGAAUGGAAUGAGAUUUCCGAAGGAAAGUUUUGGCAACUUGCAGACGAAAUGAAGAAAUGA